AUGGCUAAGCCUCGUAAGCCGAAAACCGAAGACGCCAAGCCUGAGAACUCCGGUGCCGUAGUCCGUCACCAGAAACUCUGCCUCUCUGUUGACAUAGACAAGCGCCAAAUCUACGGUUACACUGAAUUGGAAAUUGCGGUGCCGGAUAUUGGAAUUGUUGGGUUACAUGCAGAGAAUUUAGGAAUAGAGAGUGUAUUUGUUGAUGGUGAAGCUACUGAGUUUGAAUAUUAUCCACAUCAGCAACAAAAUGCGGACAGUGAAAAGAGAUGGAGCUCAGUUUCGAGCCCUAGCUCGGCUGCUGAUGCUGCUGGCGCUGCAUAUUUAUCGGCUCUGGAGAGAGAACGUGUCCCGAAUUUACUUAUUAAUUGUUGCAAAGCUUUUAGGGUUCCAAAUGAGGUGCAAGAGGUUGGGAAUUUGGAGAAUGGGGUGCCAUCGUCUGGUGAACCUAAGCAGAAUGUAAAAUUGGUACGCAUUAAUUACUGGGUGGAUAAAGCAGAAACAGGCAUUCACUUUGACAAUGAGGUGUUACAUACUGAUAACCAAAUAAGACGUGCACGCUGCUGGUUCCCUUGUAUGGACGAAGGAUUUCAGCGUUGCUGUUAUGAUCUAGAGUUUACAGUUGCCCACAAUCUUGUUGCUGUCAGUUCCGGGAGCUUAUUAUAUCAGGUUCUGAGCAAGGAUGAUCCUCCUCACAAAACAUACGUCUACAGAUUAGAUGUUCCCGUGACUGCUCAAUGGAUAUCUUUGGUGGUUGCACCAUUUGAAAUACUUCCUGAUCCUCAUGUUGGUCUCAUAUCACACGUGUGCUUGCCAGCUAAUUUGCCGAAGCUCCAGAAUACCGUGGAAUUUUUUCAUAAUGCAUUCAACCAUUAUGAAGAAUACCUUGAUGCAAAAUUUCCAUUUGGGUCAUAUACGCAAGUUUUCUUAGCUCCUGAGAUGACAGUAUCCUCAAAAAGUCUGGGAGCUUCAAUGGGUGUCUUUAGUUCUGAAGUUUUAUAUGAUGAUACGGUUAUUGAUCAGGACAGCUUAGGGGCUGCAAGAAUGCCCCUAACAAUAGAUAAAAGAGAAGCAUCUAUGAUCAUGAGCUUCAUAAGCCCCAAAAUCAAGUGA